UUUACCCGAAAAAAGCCGACUCACGUGUUCUGCGCACAAGUUUUUCUACCUUCCUCUGCGCACAUCCCUUCUCUCUCACUCUGCAAAAUCCUUCCCUCUUUCUUCACUUUCUUUGUUGUCGGACCAAUUUCACCAUCAUAUCUUCCUUCUCCACCUUCUUCCUCUUCUCCAUCUUGUCGGACCAAUUUCAUCCGGCAUUGGCCUCGCCUUCGUCGUCUCCAACUCCACCGCACCCGCCGCAAAAGCUUUUAAAAAAGAGUUUACUGGAAAGUCGGUGUACGGAUUCUAUAUUCGCAUCUCAUUUUGAUAAUUUCUUUAAAGCAAAAGAAUCCAACGUCUCAAUUUGAUCUAGAAAGCCUUGGUUUAGGGUUCAAUCUCCUUCUCGGUGGCUUGAUCUGUGCUCGUGUUUUCAGGUCUGCUCCUUCAUUCCUUCACGCACUCAGAUCAUCACAACUACCCUGAAGAUGGCCCAGCAAAGUUCUACACAAAACCCAAUAAUGCAGCAACAGAAAAUCGUAAUUUCAAACAACAACAGUGAGAAACUUGUUGGUGCAUUGCAUGAAACUGGAUCUACAGAGAUCGUAAUCUUGUGCCAUGGUUUUCGAUCCUCAAAGGAGGACAACACUAUGGUGAACCUUGCUAUUGCUUUAGAAAAUGAAGGAAUCAGUGCCUUCCGUUUUGACUUUGCUGGAAAUGGGGAAAGUGAAGGUUCAUUCCAGUUUGGUAACUACUGGAGAGAGGCUGAAGACUUGCAUGCUGUAAUUCAGCACUUCAGUAGGGCAAAGCGGCUAAUAAGUGCAAUUCUUGGACAUAGUAAAGGAGGCGGUAUUGUGCUCCUAUAUGCAUCUAAAUAUCAUGAUGUCCGCACGGUGGUCAAUGUUUCUGGCCGUUAUAAUCUGAAGGGAGGCCUAGAAGAUCGCUUGGGAAAAAACUUCAUUGAGAGAAUCAAGAAGGAUGGUUUUAUUGAUGUUAAAAAGAGAUCAGGAGAAGUUAAUUUUCGUGUGACUGAGGAAAGUUUGAUGGAUCGCUUAAACACAAAUAUGCAUGAAGCUUGCCUCAAGAUUGACGAGGAGUGCAGGGUCUUGACGGUCCAUGGAUCUGCUGAUGAAAUUAUCCCGGUUGAAGAUGCCUUGGAGUUCGCAAAAAUCAUACCCAACCACAAAUUGCACAUCGUAGAAGGAGCAGAUCAUUGUUAUACUUCACACCAAACUGAUUUAGCUUCUAUUGUUUUACCGUUCAUCAAGGAUUGUCUACGGCAAGGUUCUUAGUAGGCCCCUGAUUUUGUGAGAGAUGUAUGAGCAAACUGCAUCUGGAGCUUAUCAAGCAGGAAACUUCUUCCUCAUCCCCUUUGUUGGCUCCUGAUAAACAGAAUUAGGGUUUAAGCAUCAAUUUCUACUUGAUACGCAGCUGAUUCGACCAAUACUGUGUUCUCAUUAUGAUGUAUUAACUUGUCGGCAAGGCCGCGUCUCUGAAAUACCAUGAAUUUUGUGGGAGUAGUUGGUUCAAUAAACCUUUGUUGGCUCCUGAUAAACAGAAUUAGGGUUUAAGCAUUAAUUUUUACUUGAUUUGGACCAAUACUUUGUUCUCAUUAUGUUUAUUAACAUGUCAGCAGGGCCACAUCUAUGACAUAUCAUGAAUUUUGUGGGAGUAAUUGGUUGUGUUUAUUCAACCCAACCCAUGUUUCCUUGCAACAUUUGUUGUGGUUAAGCUUGAAUUUCAGAAUUGUUAUAAACUUGGUAUUUACAUUUUUUUUCCCCCAAUAGAA